AUGAACCAACCUAGUAUUACUAUAGAUCCUAAUAAGGAAGUAGAUCUUGUUUGCAGGUUAUUAUUCUAUCAACCAACAGGGUAUCAUUUCAACCCCCAAAAAUUAUGGAAAGAUCUUAAAGCAGAGGGAUAUCAAUUUCCAUAUAAAAAAGUAUGUGAGUGGCUUACGAACCAGAAUGAAUGGCAAAAACAUAUUCCACCACCAAAAGAUACUCCACGGGUUAGUUAUGGUAAAAUUUUACGUCCAAAUUGUGUACAUCAGUGUGACCUUUUGUUUUUUACACAUGAUCACUACAAAAAUAAAAAAUGGAUAGCAGUACUUAAUAUAAUAGAUGUGGCUAGCAGGUUCAAAGCAAGUGUUCCUCUCAUAUCGAAGAAAAGUUCGGAGUUUGCUAAAGCAUUUGAGAAAUUUUAUGAUGAUUCCAAUAAACCUCUUACAUACCCGACACUUCUACAAUGUGAUAAUGGGAAAGAAUAG